CUGGGGGAGGAUGGAUCCAUUCCCUGAUCAGUUAAUCAAUACACACGUAUUAGGCCCCAGUUGUGUGCCAGACUCUAUCCUGAGGCAGCCUGCAGUGUACAGAAGCAGCAGGGUAGAGCCGGAGGGGAAAUGGGGGAGGGGAAAAAGGCUGCAGCCUGCUUGGGGACAAUUUGUGAUUAGCCCUCCCCCCACCAGGGCUCUAAACCCAGGGGCCAGGCGGGAGGACUCCAUUUCCCAGAAGGCCUCGGUCAUGACUUCCUGGCAGGAAGUCCGGUGGCUGUGGAAGACUCCGCUUCCCAGAAUUCCUUGGCUCUGACGUCACGCUAGUCUUGCCACCUCCCUUUGUGGCCGCCCCAAAGCUUGCUGGGAAUGUCAUGUGGGCAGUCUCAGCUCCUGGAAGGUGGACAGUUGUGGUUCUCCGACCAUUUCUGGGCGCACACAGAGGAAGUCUCCCCUUCUUGGGGCUGCCACCCCCUGAAGCACCCCAGGGUGGCCCCGCGGAAUGGCCCCCGGGACCCCGAGGCCCCCCUCCCAGGAGUCAAUAACAUUCAAGGAUGUGGCUGUGGACUUCAACCAGGAGGAGUGGGGCCUGUUGGACCAUUCUCAGAAAGAGCUGUUCAGGGAAGUCAUGCUGGAGAAUGUGCAGAAUCUACUCAUUGUAGGUCUUCCAGUUCCUAGAGAAAUUUUUAUCUCCUGUUUUCAGCAAGGGAAAACACCAUGGCUGCUAGAGCAAAAAGGCCCAAGAAACUCUUGUCCAGAGGCAGAAACUAAUUUUGAAAUGAAGAUGUCUACAAAGCUGAACCUUUUUCUGGAAGGAUUUGGCUCCCAGAGAUGCAUGAAUGAGAGUCCCUAUCACUUCAUUUUGAGAGAAAUCCGUGACUCUAAUAUCAAGGAUUUGGUGACAUUCCAGGAUGUGACUGUGGACUUCCCCCAGGAGGAGUGGAGCCUCUUGGACCAGUCUCAGAAAGAGCUGUAUAUGGAGGUCAUGCUGGAGAAUGCUCAGAACUCUCUCUUCCUGGAUGUCUUCAGAGCAAAAUUCUAACCAGUGACAGAGCAUCUCAGACAGGGAAUUAAUCUCAGAAGUUAUUUUGUCUAAUGUCUACCUGGAUAUAAAUUUUUUUCUACACAGUCACUGAAAAUGGCUCAGACAGCUUUUCCUUGGAGAUUGUCAGGAACAGGAACCACUGCCUCCCAAGGCCACCCAUUCCUGUUUUGGAUGAGUUUAGCCUUUUGAACAUUCUUUUUAUUCACAAGCCCAAUUUGUGAGAUGCUGCUCCUACUCUUACUUCCAGAGGCCUAUUAAAGCAAGUAUGUCUUUGUUCUGCCUUUGGUUUUCCUCCAAAUUCCAGAAAGUAUAUAGGAAAAAGAAGAGAAGCAAAUGAGUAUGUAUGCCUAGUCUAUGCCAGGCAUUGUGUUAAGUGCUUUCUUUAUAAUUAUUAUUUCACUUGACCCUCAAAAAAAGUUAGGUACUAUUGCUGUUAUUAUCCCCAUUUUACACUUAAGGUGACUGAGGCAAGUCUUCCAGGGGCACACACCUAAUAAAUAUUUGAGGCCAUAUUGAAAUUGGUGUCUUCUGACAUGCCUAGUUGUAAGAGUUAAAUUGGAGUUUUGACUAAAUAAUAGAAUUAUAAAUUCAAUGUUGUGGUCAUCCAAUUCAAAAUAUUAUCCCUGAGCCAGAAAGAAACUGUUAGCAGCUUUAUUUACAAAGAGAUGGAAAGAGUGAAAAUGGGAAAAUGUAGAUAGACAUUCUAAUAAGCCUACCAGACCUUCUCCUGAGCAGCCAGGCUCUGACCCAGCAGGACUUCCCCAGGACUGUCUCUCCACAUGGAUUACCCAGUAAUUCUCAACCAGAAAUCCCAGUGAUGUUUUCAGCCAGAAUUCCAUCAAUGCAGUCUCCUCCAAAGCCAAAGCAGGAAUCUCCACAAUCAGUCUCUCCAGAAGCCAGGAAAGGAAUUCACAGGACCAAUCUCUCCAAAUGUGAGGAAGGGAAUAAAUCCAAGACCAUGUUGGUCUCUUUUUAUACCUCUUUUUCCUCAUCACUUCCUGUCCCUUCUAAUGACUCCUCCUUCACUGAAACCAAUGGCAGUGUUUCAAUUUGCCUAGCACUGCCCAAGGGGGGAGCAGUGGCCUUUGGAGUUGUCAUUUACUCUAGUAAGUGACUCUGAACUCUCAUACUUAAUGGUAAAUGGUUAAACUUCUUGAUAUGAUUAGCUAAAAAUAGACAAGGGAAAAGUUAAUCCUAUCUCUAUAUAGUCCUCCAUAUUAUUACAAGCUGCCUGUAAUUCCUAGAUGAUACAAACUACAGAAUAGCUGCAUCCUUCUAUGAAAGUACAAAAAGAUGGAAUUUUCCUAAUUCUAAAUUGAUUGCAUGUUCUCUACCCCACCUAAUCCUCAAUGUUCUGAACACUAAAUACCAUGGAAAAUAACCUGGAGGAUUCCUGGGAACCAUCCUGUAGUCCUUCCUUGCAAUGUCUCCUUUCCUGAGUGAGGACUAAAUAACAAGUUUUUCUUUUUUGUCAUUCUGUCCUUAUUCCUCAUGCCAGGACUUUUAGUUCCCAGAGAAUCUUUGAUCUCCUGCUUUCAGUAAGGGAAAGCCCUAUGGAUUCAAGAGUCAGAUUCAAGAGUCAGAGGGCCCAAGAAACUUCUGUCCUGGUGAGAGAGGUGAAAGAAUCCUUAUGAGAACUGUUAUGAUGAGAGAUGCCUCUGGGUUGUAGUGAAAGGCAGACCAGACGAUUUGGGAUUAUUUUUCAGACUUUUUAAGCAUUGAGAUCCUGAGCAAGUAACUGAAUAUGAGAAGCAGUUUCCCCAUCCAUAAAAUGGGGUUGUUGGGUUCCAUAAUCUUUCAGUUCAUUCUGGGGAAGUGAUAAAAAUCUGAUCCUCUGAGAAGUCAAUUUUUGAGAACUUUGGAUUGUGUAAGUCUCUUUCCCAUGUCAGAGGACUGAGACCAUCCAAUAUGGGCUCCAUCCUAGUGUAUCUUCAAAUAAAAAAAGCAUUUACUAAGGCUCUUUUCCAGGCAAGCAUCGGAGGUAAAGACCAGGGAUAGGCAGAAAGGCUAGGAACACCCCAGCUCUUGGAAAGUUCAUGAAGGGGUAAACAUAUCAACAAUUCUGUCCAAACUCACUAGGUCCAGGAGAAAUGAGGGCUAAUCAGUAGGCCACAGGGCAUACACAUUCAAAAAGACUUAGUGCAGAAGCUGAUAUUUUAGUGGGGACUUUGGGAAGCCAGAGGGAGCAGCGCAGGCCUGGGGGACAACUGGAAAAACAUAGUCUUUAAAUGGAGUGUCUUGUUCCUAGAACAGAAAGUAGACCCUUCCCUCUGGAUUACAGCCUAUGUGGAAAUAGAAUAAAGUGAAAUUAGAUUGGAAAGAUAGGACAAUGAAUAGCCCAACAGGGGAUUUAAUAUUUGAUGCUGGUGCUAGGGAGGCAUUGGAGUUUAUUGCUGGAAGGGGGGGGGGGUUGUGUCAGAGAAUGACAUAGUUAGAGGAGAGCUUUAAGAAGAUGAAUUUGAUAGCUGGUUGGAGGAUGUGGCAGCCAGAUCUACCAUGAGGCUCUUCCAAUACUUCCAGAUAUCGGGUGUUUGAGGCCUGACCCAAGGAAGUGGCCCUGUUGGUGGUAGAGGAGGGGGAGACCCAAGAGAGGUUCCAAAGGUGGAUUCCAUAGGAAUGGGUGGGGUAUGAGUUUAAGAGAGUUAAUGAGGAGUGGCUUCUGAACCUGGAUGAUGGGAAGGAUGGUGCCUUGGGUAGUAAUAGGAAAGGAAGAAGAUGGAAGUGCUGGGGGCCAGAUACUAAGUUUAAUCUUGGACAUGAUUGGAGGGAAACCAGGAGAGAAUCCGCUCCCCAAAAUGGAGAGGGAAGGCCAGAGAGUGUCAGAGAAAAGGGGAUGGUUGGCAGCAACUAUCAAAAGCUACAAGAGAUCAGGAAGAAUGAGGACUGGGAAAAGGCAUUGGUUCAGACUGAAGGAGUUGAAUGGUCACUUCAGAGAGAACCAUCUCAGUGGAGCAAUGAAGCCAGAAACCAGCCUCCGUAUGUAAGAGAAGGGGUCGGAAACAGCCUCUGGGAAUGGCUGUCGCUAGCUUUUCAGCCAUGACAGGGCAGGGAAAAUUGGACAAUAUCUAGUGGGGAUGAGUGGCUCAAGUGAGCACUUUUUGUGAGCAGGGAGACAUGGUUUUGUCUGUGGCAGUGGGGAGGGAGCCAGGAGAUGGGGAGAGAUUGAAGAGGAGGGAAAGCCUGGGGAUGGUGGAGUCUGCUUGGAGAGAAGGUUGAAUGGAAUGAGAUUGUUUAUGCAUGUAAAUGGCUGUGCUGCCUUAUGAAGCAGAAGGAUCCCAUUUCAUGACAGACUGAGCUAAAAAAGGGAAAGAAUCUAAUUCAUAUGAGAUGAGGAGAUAAGAGAAGUAACUCUUGGGAAAUGUUCAAUAUCUUCAGUGAAAUAGGAGGCCAAGUUCUGAGCUGGGGGUUUGAUUGGGAGGAAGCUAUGAGGAGGCAGGAUCAAUUUGGCAAAGCUGUUGUGGCAAAGGGAGCAGGGAAGUCCGUUAAGGAGACCUCAAAGGAUUGCCCUCCAGUGGGGAGGGCUGGGCAGUUUUUAGAUCACCUGCACUGGCAGUGGACUCAGGCAGUCUGGUAUGAGUUUCUCUGUCCCCAUUCCUCAGUGAGCAUUGACUCUGUCCAGCGCACCACCUGUUGUUAUUUAUAACCAGAAUACUGUGACAAUGUUCAUUCACACAUGGAUAUGCAAUUGGAAAAUGGGAGGGUUUUAGCAUUGUGCUCGUUUGCUUUUGCUAAGAGAUGGAAAUGGAUUUCUUGUUUUAGCCCCCAAACCAGUCACCAAAGUAAAUUCCGAGUGACUCUGUAAAAGACGGAUUUUAUUCUUCCCUAAUAACAGGGAAUGUGUUCAAUGAGAAAUGGAAUUGAGCUUCAAUUUCCCAUAUUGCUCUUUUUAUUUAUUUUAUUUUUUUCCCAUUUGAAUAAGUCAAUUGAGAGCAUUAUUCCUUGGUUACAGUAAUCACAUUAUUUCCCUCCCUCCCCUCCACCUACUCUUCCGGGCCAACAUGCAAUUUCAUUGGGUAUUACUUUUGUCCUUGAUCAGAACUUAUUUCCAUGUUGUUGUUUACACUAGGAUGUUCAUUUAGAGUCUACAUCCCCAACCAUAUCCCUUCAACCCAUGUCUUCAAGCAGUUGUUUUUCUUUGGUGUUUCUAUUCCCAUAGUGUUUCCUCUGAAUUUGGAUAGUGUUUUUUCUUGUAGAUCUCUCCAAGUUGUUCAUGAUCACUGCAAUUCCACUAAUGGAGAAGUCCUUUACGUUCGAUUGUACCACAGUGUGUCAGUCUCUGUGUACAAUGUUCUCCUGGUUCUGCUCCUCUCAUUCUGCAUCACUUCCUGGAGGUCGUUCCAGGCUCCAUGAAACUCCUCCACUUUAUUAUUCCUUUGAGCACAACAGUAUUCCAUCACCAACAUGUACCACAAUUUGCUCAGCCAUUCCCCAAUUGAAGGGCAUCCCCUCAUUUUCCAAUUUUUUGCCACCACAAAGAGCGCAGCUAUGAAUGUUCUUGUACAAGUCUUUUUCCUUAUUAUCUCUUUGGGCUAUAAACCCAGCAGUGCUAUGGCUGGAUCAAAGGGCAGGCAGUCUUUUAGCACCCUUUGGGCAUAGUUCCAAAUUGCCCUCCAGAAUGGUUGGAUCAGUUCACAACUCCACCAGCAAUGAAUUAAUGUCCCAACUUUGUCACAUCCCCUCCAGCACUCAUUACUUUCCUUUGCUGUCAUGUUAGCCAAUCUGCUAGGUGUGAGAUGAUACCUCAGAGUUGUUUUGAUUUGCAUCUCUCUGAUUAUAAGAGAUUUAGAAUACUUUUUCAUGCGCUUAUUAAUGGUUUUGAUUUCUUUAACUGAAAAUUGCCUGUUCAUGUCCCUUGCCCAUUUAUCAACUAGAGAAUGGCUUGAUUUUUUGUACAAUUGAUUUAGCUCUUUAUAAACUUGAGUAAUUAGACCUUUGUCAGAGGUUUUUGUAAUGAAGAUUGUUUCCCAAUUUGUUGCUUCCCUUCUAAUUUUGAAUGCAUUAAUUUUGUUUGUACAAAACCUUUUUAAUUUGAUGUAAUCAAAAUUAUUGAUUUUACAUUUUGUGAUUCUUUCUAGCUCUUGCUUUGUUUUAAAGUCUUUCCUUUCCCAAAGAUCUGACAAGUAUACUAUUCUGUGUUCGCCUAAUUUGCUUAUAGUUUCCUUCUUUAUAUUCAGGUCAUUCACCCAUUCUGAGUUUAUCUUGGUGUAGGGUGUGAGAUAUUGAUCCAAACCUAAUCUCUCCCAUACUGUCUUCCAAUUUUUCUAGCAGUUUUUAUAAAAAAGUAGGUUUUGGUCCCCAAAACUGGGAUCUUUGUGCUUAUCAUAGACAGUCUUGCUGAGGUCAUUUACCCCAAGUCUAUUCCACUGAUCCUCUUUCUGUCUCUUAGCCAGUACCAAAUUGUUUUGAUGACCACUGAUUUAUAGUAUAGUUUGAGAUCUGGGACUGCAAGUCCUCCUUCCUUUGUAUUUUUUUCAUGAUUUCCCUGGAUAUCCUUGAUCUUUUGUUCUUCCAAAUGAACUUUGUUAUGGUUUUUUCUAGUUCAGUAAAAAAGUUUUUUGGAAGUUCAAUGGGUAUGGCACUAAAUAAGUAAAUUAAUUUGGGUAGGAUUGUAAUUUUUAUUAUGUUAGCUCAUCCCAGCCAUGAGCAAUUAAUGUUUUUCAUAUUGCUCUCUUUAAAAAAUUAUGUGUGUGGAUAAUUCUGACUAAAGAAGCCCCUGAUCUUCCAUCUUAGUAUCAAUACCAUGUAUUGGUUCCCAGGCAGAACAGUGGUUAGGGACAGAGAAUUGAAUUAUGUGACUUGGUCAGGGUCACAGGGCAAGGAAGUGUCUGAGGCCAUGUUUGAUUCCAGGACCUCCUGCCUCUAAACCUGGCUCUCAAUCCACUGAGCCGCCUAGCUAGCCAUCAAACAGAUUUUGUAAGGGAAAGAAAAAUCACUUUGGACACGAAUUUCUCUUUUCUGCCAUUGGCACAUUCCCCCAGAAACUACUCAAUGCCUGACCCAUGUAAGUCCUGUGAAAAUCUGCCUCAUAGGAGAAUUAGUAACAUAAGCAAAAGAGAAGUACCUUAGCAUUACCAUGUGAGGCAAUCAAGGUCUGUUUUUAUAAAACAUUUGGAUGGUCUAUGAUGGUUUCAUUGUGACUUGGAAUGAGCAUGUCUAGUUAUAAUGAUUUUCAAAGAACCUACCAUCCAGUUUAAGAACCCCAAAAUGGUGACACUGAUCUGUUGGUUACAGUGCUAAUAGGGUGCAAAGAUAAGGUAACUAUGGAAUGAGGGGACUAUAAUGUCAGGGUGGUUUUGGGGAUGUUUAAUUAAAGGCCAGUAUCAGAAGAAAAACUGGGAAGGCCAGCUGUGGUCUGAUGGGCCCAGUCCAGGCAAAGCCUCUCCUGAGGUAACAAACACAGAUCACUAAAUAUCAAGAAUAGAUGAUGCAUUUAUUAAUCAAAGGAAGGUGAAAAGGGAAUUUAGAUAAUUCUAAUCUAAUAACAACUACCUAAACCCCUCCAGAUCUAAAUGUCCUGUGUGGUAGUGUGAUAUUGAAAUCACUUUAAAACACUGAUAUAUAUUAAUUUAAGGUCGCCAAGGAAUUCACUUAUGUAAUUCCUAAAUGAAACACUCAAGUCAGCUGCAAAUUUUUAUGGUGUUUUAAUUACAACAGGAGGAAGAAAGUAUG